CUUAUUCUUUGAUAAGCCAAGAAGGUCUCCUGUAAAGAGCUGAAGGCAUGGCAAAGAAAUGGAUCCUGUUACUGUGGGCUGUUUUGAUGCUGUUGAGUGGCUGUUGUAAAGGGAGAACUCGUGGGAAGAGAUUUCUCACAGCAUUUCUGCUCAACCUCAGAGAAAGCCAACCCAAUGCAAAAUUUGAGCUGCUUAUCACUGCGUAUCACUCUGCAACCACAGUCACCGUGACUGUAAAUGAGCCUCACUUCCAAAAGGUCAUUUCCCUCAGUGAAGGACACACAAUAUCAGUUCAACUCCCAACCUCUGUUGAGAUGCAAGGGACUGACAUGUAUGAUACGACAGUGCUAAUCCAAGCUAACAAAGAAAUCUCAGUCCUCUGUCACAGCCACAAGGAUUACUCGACAGGUGUAACAGUCAUCUACCCAGACCACCAGCUGGGCCAGCUGUAUUAUGUGAUAACACCAGUGGAUGAUCUCCCACAUUCUUUCAAAGAGUUUGCCAUUAUAGCUGAUCAAGAUCCUACUCACGUGGAUAUCCACCUAAAAGGAGUAGUGAUUUUCAAAGGGAAAGUUUACCCUGCUGGAAGCAAAUUUGUUAUAGAUCUCAGGGCCUUCCAAGUAAUCCAGUUGCAAAGCACAGAAGAUUUAUCAGGUACCCGGAUUGAAUCGACCAAACCUGUGGCUGUCUUGAGUGGACACAGCUGUGCUAAGAAGUUCACAAGCUGUGACCAUGUUGUUGAGCAGCUCCUGCCGGUUCCCAGCUGGGGAACCACCUUCAUUGUCCCUUCUCUGUCUUACCAGAACAACUUUGAUGUGGCAUAUGUUACUGCAUCCCAAAAUACUUUGAUCACAUAUCGAUCUGGAGUCAAAGAAAAAUCCCAUAAUCUUGUAGCUGGGGAAGUUUUCCAGAUUGGCCUACCAAGAUCAGAGCCAGUCUACAUUUCUGCUGAUGCUAAAAUCCAGGUCCUUUUCUUCUUCACUGGUGCUACUAUGGGUAACAGAUCCUACACCGAAUUACUUCCUUUGGUUUCUGAAGCCCCAGAAGGAAGCAGAAUCUAUGAUCCAUUCCUCAUCAAUGUUCCAGCCCUGACAAGUUAUUGCAGACAGUAUCAUGUUUAUGAGAUGAAGCAGAAGGAUAAUUAUGCAGUCAUCAUAGCCAAUACUUCAGAAUCAGGCCAGAUCAUAUUAGGAAAGAAGGCCAUUGAAAACAUCCACUGGAGACCAAUUCCUGGUACAGACUAUUCUUGGGCUGAUUUUCUCUUGGGCUCAGAAUCAAAGGCCCUCUCUGUAGAGCACCCUACAAGUCCUUUUGGGCUCUUCAUUGCUGGAGGCUCACACCGGGAUGGCUAUGGAUCUCUGGCCCUUUGCUCCUGCAGAUUAUCAAGUUCUUCCCAGAAGCCAAAAGUGAAGCAAGGGAAGCCAAGGAUUCUGUAG